UCAAAAUUAGAGGGCUCCAAGCAGAUAUUUGAUAAGGAUAGCUCACUUCUCUUCCAAUUCAAAGCCAAUGUGGCCCCUGAAACCAUACAAGACAUCUGUGAUAGCUUUAUGGACCUGGGAAGAACAUGUUAUUGCCCUCCCUCCUCAAAACCUGAUCUCAAAACUGCAAUUGGCAGGAAUGAUCACUCGCCCGAAGGACUACAGGAAGGAAUAACACAGGCAUUUGUCGUAGAAUUCCAGAACACGGAUGGCCAAGUCUAUUACUUACAAGGUGAUCUAGUCCAUCGUGUUUUCUCUGGGGGUCUUCAAGGUAUUGUUGAAAAGGUGCAAGCGGUUGACUUUACAAACCGCUCCUUUUAG